AUCUUUCUAUCUGUGUUACAGUUAAAUUUUACAUGAUCCGAGAUCCUAUACUAGGUUUAGUUAAGGUUGAAAGAUUUCGACGGAUAAUAUCUUACCUAGGUCAAGUUUGAACACUCUUGAUUGAGGAGAACCGAAUCCGAAACCGAAACCGAAACCGAACCCCCGUGAAUUAACUUUAUUGCGGCACAAAACUCGAAGCUGUUCCUUCUUUAGAGUGAGGGUAAGUGAGAAAAAUAGGGAGGUCCCAUAAUAAAAAUAAAAACAUGCUAAAAAUAAAGGGGAAGGGACCAAUCAAUAUAAAGUAAUUAAGAGACCUCUCAACUUUAACAGUGCUACUUCUACUACUACUACUCUUCAUCUUCUUCUACCUCCAUUUUCUUACCAAACAUAGCUGCUCGUUAAGUACUAAACACUCUUGUCUUUUGCCUAAAACAGAGUUGCCGUCUUUAUUCAUUCUUCUCCGAACUAGAAUUCUUGCGUAAUGCUACUUUUUAGUGUCCGUCUCACACUUUUACCUUACUCAUUACUGACUGUUUCUUGAGGUUCGUUUUACUCGGGAGAGUGAGGGUAUGAUAAUGGGUAGUGGUGGUAGUAGUAGUAGUAGUAGAAAAUUUACGAGCAUGGCUGUUUUAUCAGUUAGUUUUUUCUUCCUCUGUUUUUUGCUUCUUGUUGCGAGCUUAGCUGACAGGAAUUACGGGAGGGGUAUUAACGUCAUUACAACCGCACCAUCGGCCACGAAUGUCAAGAUUUCGAAACCAUUAGAAACAACGGAGAAGAGCAACCUUGAUUAUGUUGUUGUUAGCAAGAGAAGAGUACCUAAUGGACCUGAUCCUAUUCAUAACAGGAGAGUAGGGGAUUCUAAAUUACCACCGACAUAAGUGUAAUUCUACCGAAGGGACGAAGGAGGUAAAGCACGACGAGCACACGCAAUCGAAGGUGUGAUUUUGCUCACUUCUGCAUAAUGAUGCCGAAUUUUUUUUUUUUUUAAAAUGGGAAUAUCUUUUCUCUAUACAUAUUAUAUUGUAAAGAAGUUCUUCAGUCCUAGUUUCGAUACAUAUAUAGAAAGCUUCUGUUAUGCAUUAA